AUGGAGGUGCCAAAGCCUGCCCCGAAGAAAGAAGCCUCGUGCGACAAUGCUAUCAAGUUCGACUGGGAGACCAAGGCACGACCCGUCAGAGAGCUGAAGCAUGGUAACGUGCCGGUGCCCAAAGAUUUCCGCGGCCAAGCCAAAUCGUACACCCUGUGGACCCUGAACUCACUGUAUGUGAAUACCGUGGUGAACAACAACCUCGGCGUGAAGGUCAAUGCCAAAGGCGGUGCCACCUUGUCACGGGGCAAGUUCGAGGGUGACUGGUUCAACACGAUGAAGGUUGCAAAAUAUCUUGCUGGAUGGACGGAGGCUUUGCCUGCAUUUCAACGUGCUAAAGUAGCAUCUCAUGUAGCACUGCCGUACACGUGUAAUUAA